UACGCUGCUGCUGCCUACACUGCUACUGCCUACGCUGCUGCUACCUACGCUGCUGCUACCUACACUGCUACUGCCUACACUGCUUCUGCCUACACUGCUACUGCCUACGCUGCUGCUACCUUCGCUGCUGCUACCUACGCUGCUGCUACCUACGCUGCUGCCUACGCUGCUACUACCUACGCUGCUGCUACCUACGCUGCUGCCUACGCUGCUACUACCUACGCUGCUGCUACCUACGCUGCUGCCUACGCUGCUGCCUGCGCUGCUACUACCUACGCUGCUGCUACCUACGCUGCUGCCUACACUGCUACUGCCUACGCUGCUGCUACCUUCGCUGCUGCUACCUACGCUGCUGCUACCUACGCUGCUGCCUACGCUGCUACUACCUACGCUGCUGCUACCUACGCUGCUGCCUACGCUGCUACUACCUACGCUGCUGCUACCUACGCUGCUGCCUACGCUGCUGCCUACGCUGCUACUACCUACGCUGCUGCUACCUACGCUGCUGCCUACGCUGCUACUGCCUACGCUGCUGCUACCUACGCUGCUGCCUACGCUGCUGCUACCUACGCUGCUGCUACCUACGCUGCUGCCUACGCUGCUGCCUACGCUGCUGCUACCUACGCUGCUGCUACCUACGCUGCUGCCUACGCUGCUGCCUACGCUGCUGCUACCUACGCUGCUGCAGCCUACACUGCUGCUUACGCUGCUGCUACCUACGCUGCUGCUACCAACGCUGCUGCUACCUACGCUGCUGCUACCUACACUGCUACCUACGCUGCUGCUACCAACGCUGCUGCUACCUACGCUGCUGCUACCUACACUGCUACCUACGCUGCUGCUGCCUACGCUGCUGCUGCCUACACUGCUACUACCUACACUGCUGCUACCUACGCUUCAGCUACCUACGCUGCUGCCUACGCUGCUACUACCUACGCUGCUGCAACACAUGCUUUCAAACUCAGAGAGCGGAAAUGUGUUGACUAUAAUACAAGAAAUAUACUCUUGUACCUUAAAUAUUCUUUCUUUAUUAAGAUACUGGAGGGGAGGGAAGAUAAACCGAUAGAAAAUGCGCCUUUAUAA